AUGACUGUCGCACUGAACAGACCGUUCGCAGCGGAUCUACAGCAAACUGGAGUCACUGGCUGGAGCUGCGGACCUACCAUUGUCAAAAUGAUUGGAACGGACGAUAAGCCAAUAUCACUCCCUCCUUACUCCGGCCCUCCCCCCCCUCCUCAAAUGCAUCAUCGGAUUCCUCCUGAGGCGGCGCAUGGCCUGCCAAAUGCGCCGGGAGUAUACCAUCAGCCAUGGCGCCCCUACCCGCCUUCCUUCGAGCAUCAUCACGCAGAGCAGCAACGGGCCUCCAAUCCUCCCCAACCUUCCCUGCCGCCCCACGGUUAUCCUGUCAUACCCAAUCGGGAGUUGCCUCAGCUACCUCCCGAAGGGCCGUAUGGUCGGCCAAAUAAUUUGCCUGCUCCCAGACUCAUCCCAACAGAGUCGCAUCCGCCGACCUUUCGUCCUAUGAACGGAGCUUCGCACGAUUCCAUGCCACAUUCGACACCCCCGCAUCCCGCUCCUCCUCACUCAGCGCCCCCCGAAUUUCAUCCGCGGAUGACAUAUCACCCUCAGGAACAGAGCAGUAAUGGCGAUCGUCCCCCACAACCUCCUCCAUAUUCACACACGAUGCCUCCAGCUCCCUACGAGCCGAACCCUUACCAGAAUCAAGCUGUUGGUAUGCGUCAGCGCAAGCCCGCCCGUGCUCAACAGGCCUGCGACCAGUGUAGAACAAGAAAGGCAAAGUGUGAUGAAGGGCGACCCGCCUGCAGCCACUGCAAGGAGAACAAUUUGAUAUGUGUCUAUAAAGAAGUUCCCCCCCACAAACAGGAAAAGGCGACCCAGGUGAUCUUGGACAUGCUUCAAUAUGUGGAAGAUAAGCUCGACGAGCGUGUGACGUCUUGUCAAGCCGUGCAGAUACAACAUGGGGUUACGAUAGCUAAGAUUUCCCAUAUGGUCGGGGUGAAAGAGUCGAAUAUUUUGGCUGUUAAAGAUACCGCCCGAUCAAUGCAACCUAAGCAGACAGAUAGAUUGCUGAAACCGAGUGCUGCUGAUCCUUUGCUUGAGUUGGAAUCAAACAAUGGAGAAGGGAUGCAGCAGUUGGACCCGAAUGAACCCGCAGGGCAGAGUUAUAUGGAGAGGGAAGACAGCGAGCUGUCCAUGCCCGUGGAACAUACAACUGCUGCCCACAAGUUGCUCUCAUGGCCGUCGAUUAAGAAUCUGCUCUAUCCCCGUGAGUACGAUGAGGAUUAUGUGAUGCGGAAAGAAGAGAUACGUGGCUUGAUUCGUAUCUAUGGGCGUGGUGAGGGCGACGACACAAGUGAAGAUCGCAUGUCGCCAACCCCAUUACCUAGCUCAAAUUCAAGCAGUGGAUGGGAUGAUACUCACCAAGCAUCACCAAGUAGUUCUUGGUCACAGAGCGCUCAUCCCAGCGGUUUCCCGCAGAAACUUAAAGAUAGGGGUGUGGACGAGUUCGGUACACUAUGGGCUGAUCCAGACACCAUCCAUCGCUAUCAUCACAGUUACCUGAAGCACAUGCACAAACUACAUCCCUUCCUCGACCAGAGUGACCUGGAGAAGAAGAUUGAAAUAUUUAUCAAGUUCUAUUGCUUAUCGAAGACUCCUGGCGGGUCGACGCCUACUGGUACCGGGGAGAUGCCACGAGGUGCGAAAAGAAAAAGAUCAUGUGAGACUUUGCAAGGUGCAGCAUGCGAUUUUCAAACUUCUGCAAUGAACCAUCGCAUCGAGAAGUCAAUUGACAACGCCGUUUUACUUCUCGUGCUUGCGCUAGGCAGUAUCUGCGAACAGGGACCACCAGUUCCCGGCCCUGUCACUGAUACCCCCCCGGAUUUUCGCAAGGAGUGGAUUCCUGGACCGCCCACCCGUAGCAUCCUAUCGCCCGCUGGAUCUGACAUGAUUCUUCCAGCGCAGGGGAGCUUUUACACAUCAAAUCCCCACGCUAUUCCUUCUCCUUCGCCCGUUGACGGGCGGAGAAGUGUCGGAGGGCAGUCAGCGUCAUCCGGCCCAUCUCCUGCCAAUUGCCAUCUUAGAAACAUUGAUGUCAUUCCAGGUUUAUCUUAUUAUGCAUAUGCUACGCAGAUCCUUGGACCCCUCCAAGGGGCCAAUAGCUUGCUCCAUGUUCAAGCAUGCUUGCUCGCAGGACUUUACGCCGGCCAACUAGCGCAUCCUGUCCAGAGUCAUGCGUACAUAUUCCAAGCGGGUCGCGCCUGUCAAACGCUCAUCCGAUCAAAACGCUAUGACCAAAUGCAGGACGGCCCUCUGAAAGACCUCUAUGACUUUGCGUAUUGGACAUGUCUUCAGCUUGAGAGUGAUAUUCUUGCAGAACUUGAUCUCCCUGCUAGCGGCAUUUCUCGGGCAGAGUCACGUAUAAGCCUACCAAAGGGCCGCUUCACCCUUGCUUUGCCAAACGAAAUCGGCGCGCCCAGUACCAUGAUGAUGUUUUUCUAUUCUUCCCAGAUUCACCUUAGGAAAGUCCUUAACCGUGUCCACACUGAUCUGUACAAAGUUGAGAGACAACCAAACUCCAACGCUGUAAACCCAGGCAUUGCCACUAAUGCCGCUAGUUCCGCGAGCGCCGUCAACGCUGCGAUCGCUGCAAUCACGGCUAAUCCUUCCAGCAGUACUACAACCCAGAGCAGCUCGAGCAAUAACCGGUGGACCUCAAAUGUGCACGAGAUUCUUAGCAUGAAUCUAGAAAUGUGGCGAAAUAGUCUCCCAGAGAUCAUGAAAUGGAAGGACACUGAUCCACCCUCAAAAGACAUAAAUGUGGCUCGCAUGCGGGCCAAAUAUUAUGGCGCACGAUACAUCAUCCACCGUCCUCUUCUAUACCAUGCUUUGCAUUAUGCUGGACUUCCCCCUAAUACAACCUCCGCAUCAGUCGAAUCACCCGCCGGGUCCAUUCUGUCUGGCUCGAAAUCUCAGCAGGUUUCGCCCUCAAUAAACAUGGCCCGUCUGUCCAGCGAUAUGGGCACGGCCGUCCAUAGCUGCCCCCCUUCCUUUCAAGGAGGCCCAGGCUCGAUGAGCGCCAUUGCAUACCGAGAUCUACCGCCUAAGCUACGACGAGCCUGCAAAGUAUGCAUUGACUCUGCUAUCCUGAGUACAGAGGCCUUCGAUGGGAUUGAUGGUCGUCCGAUUGUGACGAAUAUCUUUGGGACUGCUCAUGCGCAAUUUGGCAAUAUGCUCGUGCUGUCUGCGACCUACAUGUCCUGUCUCUCAGAGCUGGUGGAUCGAAAUGUGCUUGAAAAACUGCUCAAGCGAACAAUAAAAUUCCUAUUGCAGAGCCGAUAUAUCUCCCCUACCCUACGAGCCGAUGCACGGAUCCUCACUGAAAUCUAUGAGAAGAUCUUCGGAUGGCCAGCGACGAGUUUCUCAUCCGCCUACAGCUAG